CCAAAAUUUACGAAGCGGAGCAAAAUUCUGAAUUUUGGCAAAUAAUUGGAAAAAAUGUUGUUCGAGAAAAUCUAAAUAAAAUUCCAGAAAAUAGAAAAAUUGCCAAAAAUAUCAUUCUUUUCCUCGGAGAUGGGCUCAGCAUGACAACGACAACAGCGACGAGGAGUUUUGAAAGUGAUCCGAACCAAAGUUUGGCGUAUGAAAAAUUGCCUUUUACGGGAAUGUCGAAGACUUACUGUGUCGAUCGACAAGUUGCUGACUCGGCUUGUACUGCAACAGCUUAUUUGUGCGGCGUGAAAGCGAAUUAUCAAACAAUUGGUGUCAAUGCGAAAGUUUUUUACAAGGAGUGUGAUGCUCAGGUUGUGAAAAAGAACAGAACGCCAUCAAUUGCAGAAUGGGCAAUAAAAGCGGGAAAAGGAGCAGGAAUUGUUACGAAUAUGAGAGUUACACAUGCGUCGCCUGCAGGAGUUUAUGCAAACACAGCAAAUCGCAAUUGGGAAAACGACGCCGAAGUCGAAAAAAGUGGCUGCGACGCUUCUUUAGUAGAUGACAUUGCCGAACAACUCGUUCGAAACGCUCCCGGCAACGCCCUUCGUGUCAUUAUGGGAGGCGGACGUCGAAAUUUUCGCUCCAAAAAUCACAUUGACGAGGAAGGCGACGAAGGAAAACGCAACGAUGACGUCGAUUUGGUCUCCGAAUGGCUCGAAUCUAAAAAAAAUCAAGGAAAAUACGUCUGGAAUCGAGAAGAACUCCUCAAAGUUGAUACCAAAAAUGUUUCUUACCUCUUGGGAUUGUUCGAGUCGUCUCACAUGUUCUACAAUCUCGAAGUUUUGGAAGAAGGUCGUGACGAAUUCGAACCAACGCUCGCAGAAAUGGUCGAAAAAGCCAUCGAUGUGUUGACUUCCGAGCCAAAUGGGUAUUUUUUGUUCGUCGAAGGCGGUUUAAUCGAUCACGGACAUCAUUCAAAUCGCGCGAAACAAAGUUUGGAUGAAACGCGCGAAUUUUCCAAAGCAAUCGAACUGGCAAUGAGCAAAAUUGACCUUGACGAAACUUUGGUAGUUGUCACUUCGGAUCAUUCGCAUUCUUUCAGUUACGGCGGAUAUCCCGAAAGAGACGCGAAUAUUCUCAGGACGACGGGCGAAGAAGCUGAAGACGGCAUGGAAUCAAUGUUUUUGAGUUAUGCGAACGGCAAAGGUUACAAAAAGCACGUAAAAGAGGAAGGAGGUCGAGUUGAUCCAAAAACGUUGAAGAAACCGAGUGAUUUUCGACAUCCAGCGACGUUGCCAAAGGAUUCGGAAACGCAUGGCGGAGAUGAUGUCGGAGUUUAUGCUGCUGGUCCAUGGGCGCAUUUGUUCACGGGAAAUUUUGAAGAACACACAAUUCCGCAUAUGAUGGCGUUCGCUGCUUGUAUUGGCGAUGGAAUUAAAGCUUGUGAUGAAAAAUAA